GAUUGUGAACUACAAGCAAGCUAAGGUUUAUGUUUUGGUGUUGGGAAUAAAAAUAUAAGGGAAUUUAGCAUUAUUGUUUAAUGAAUGACGAUAAAAUAUUUCACGUUUGUUUCUUUAGAAUUAAUCAAAUAUCAUGGCAAACAGUUCAAAUAAUGUUGAUUCGUAUAAUUUCAAAGUUGUCUUGUUAGGGGAAGGCUGUGUUGGUAAAACAAGUUUGGUCAUACGAUACAUUGAAGAUAAAUUUAAUCCGAAGCAUAUAAGUACUAUUCAGGCUUCGUUUUUAACUAAAAAAUUAAAUUUAGACGGCAAUCGCGUAAAUCUUUCCAUAUGGGAUACUGCAGGCCAAGAAAAAUUCCACGCGCUAGGUCCAAUUUACUAUAGGUCAUCGAAUGGAGCCGUUCUCGUCUACGACAUCACCGACGAAGACUCCUUUCAGAAAGUGAAAAGUUGGGUUAAGGAGCUCCGGAAAAUGUUAGGUACUGAUAUUUCUUUAGUUAUCGUUGGAAACAAGAGUGAUUUGGAGAAGGACCGGCAUGUGGACGUGGAGGAGGCUAAAACGUAUGCUGAAAAGGUGAAGGCGAUGCAUUUUCAAACGUCUGCAAAGUUGAACGAAGGCGUCGAAGAAAUGUUCCUGGCGCUCACUCAAAAGAUGCUAGAAGAAGCGAAACUGAAAGCAGCUCAAGAGAUUAAUUUAACGCGAAAAAAUUCUCAAAGGGUCGUGCAAGUGGUGGAUGAUGAACAGGUACCAAAUACUAAUAAGAGUUGUUGUUCAAAUAGUUAGGUUCUCAAAAUUUGCUACAGACUAUCGUAUUCUGUAUAUAUAUAUAAUUAUUGUUUUAUUGCUAUUUUACAUGUGAUGUUAUUUUAUUUAUAAAUAAAAUAUAAGUAUAAUUACUAGAUAGAUUGUUGUCUCCCCAAUAAAAAUAAUUUUUUUACUCAA